AUGACAGCCAACAAACACUGCGCCGUAAUCAAGAAGGCGACCAAAACAUGGCUGUCUAUAGACCUCAAGACCGUCAAAGAAAUCGAAAGGGUGGUGAUUGCUGGGAGAAAGGAGGAUCCUACACAUUCCGGAAACUUCAAAAUCAUGUGCGCCGUUACUUUCGAUUCAACAAAGUGGUCCAGUAAUGUUUUCAGCACCUGUCUGCUGCAAGACAAUGCCCUCGGACCCGAGGAAGUCACCCAUGCCAAGUGUCAAGAUAAGUGCAUCGGGCAGUUUAUCGUUGUCGAGAAAACGAAGAACGCUGCCACGGAGUACCUUCAGAUAUGUGAGCUGGAAGCCUAUGAGCCGGACGCGUACUGGAAUGUCGCCCUUGGUAAGGAGGCGAUCCACCACACCCGUGCCGCAGCCGCGGUGGUCACAGACGGCCUACCCGACCAAGCCAAAUGCACAACCGCUGACUUGACGGACAGCAGUGAUGACCAGUGGAUUCGGAUUGACCUUGAACGGCAACGAGGAGUCGUGUCGAUCACCAUGAUAGUGCCUUCUAAAGCGACUGAUGCGAAAAGACUAUCGACCUAUAAGCUGAUCGUCAGUAACAGUGCCUCCGACCCAGAGUUGGAGGACCCAAGUACAGUUUGCGGCGAGAAGACGAACAUUCCUGCCGGGACCAAGACCAUAACGGCUCAUUGCCCCCGGGAAAUAGUUGGCAGAUAUGUUUAUCUUCUGAAAGAGAACGCUGUCUAUAAUCCACCAGUUGUUUGUGAGAUUGAAGUGAUUGGCUAUGAUCUCCAAUACAGUGAGCGAGAUGAUCUUGCCAGUUGCAAGCCGACUUUCAUGAUCGAUAACUCGCCGGAUGCCAAAUAUGGCGUGGACGGAAACUUGCACCAGACCUGCCUCGCUACAUCCGGGACUUCCAAUAACGAUUGGUGGGCGGUCGACCUUGGCGCCCUCUAUACGAUUACCGCCAUAAACGUUGUGAACAUAGAUGACGCCACAUAUAAAUUCCUUGGAAAAUUCAAAAUCCUGGCCUCAACUGAUCUUAUUACGACUGAUAUUAUGAAAAGUAACUACAUGCAAUGUCAUGAACAGAAGACAGAGAUAGCUCGCAACCACGGCCGACGAAUCCACUGUGCCGCCAGGGUGUAUGGGCGCUAUGUCAUCCUGGUGAAGACUUUGAAAGAAAAACUUCAAUUCUGCCACGUUGGGGUCUUUGGUUCUCGAUAUUUAGAUAAUCUGGCACUGGGGAAAGCAACAUCCCACAGCGCCACCCUCUCCGACUACAAGAGCCAUCUAGCCGUCGACGGGAAGUGGGAUUGGGAACUGAGAUACCGCUCAUGCGCAUUGACAACUGCUGCAGCCAACUCAUGGUUCCAGGUCGACCUUAGUGCAUCCUAUAAUGUCAGUGCUGUGAGCAUACAGUCAAACCUAAAGGAGUGCGGAACCGCCUGCCUCGUCAAAAACGACUUCAAGAUCCUAGUGGGUGCAACGUUCAAAACUCCGAUAGACCCGACCAAAUUUACCACAUGCUACACUCAUACCAAACAACCCUCCCUCGCCGCUGGGGAUUACCAGGUCACCAAUACAUUCUACUGCACCAAAGAGAGUGUUGGACGUCACGUAGUCAUUCAGAGCUCGGCGGCCAUUUCUCUGACGAUAUGUGAACUUGGCGUCUAUGGUUUUUAUAUGUACGAUAACCUAGCCUUUGGCAAGAAAGGCAUCAGUGCCAGUGGAUACAAGUCGGUCUGGGACCUGAGGUACACCCAUGACGGGAGUCGAAGCUGCCUUGCCAACGUAGCAGCUAUUGACGGUUCGGCAGCCAAUGCCGAAUGGUGGUACGCAGAUCUGGUGAAGGCACACAAUAUAAGGAGGGUGCUCAUAACACAGCCUGAAAAUAAAUGGAAGAAGAAGUCCACUCUUGAAAUCAACGUUCUAAAGAAGAAGGCCGAUUUCGUCACGACGAAGCCUCUGAAAACAGUUUCUAACACUUGCGGCAUGUACAAAGACUAUGGCCCUGCCACACAAGAUAUCCUGUGCUCCAGAGUUCACAGCGGGGCGCUUGUAUUGCUGUUGAGGCGCGACCACAGGCGACAGACACUCUGGUUGUGCGAGGUUGAGAUAUAUGGCACUCUGGCACAAGAUAAUCUGGCCGCCUACAAGACAUCCGUACAGAGUAAUGAACUAACCACAGCACUAACCUAUGGCAAUGGUGUCGACGGUGUCUCGGGUACUGCUUUGGCUCACUGCUCCAACACAGCCGGCGUUCUACAAAGGGAAUGGUUUGCUGUUGACUUGACAGGGAACUACACCAUUGAAAAGGUGGUUCUGCUCAACAGCAAAGGACGUUUCAACCGGAGCCUCGCCGACACAAAAGUUCUAGCAUACAAUGACUUCAGUCCGAAAUCAUACGAAGAACAGUCCUACUUCCUCUGCACUGAAGUAGACCAACACCUGCAGCCAGGCGAGGACAAGCAGUUUGGCUGCAAUCCGUACGUGACAGGUCGUUUCGUGGUCCUGAUGAAGUUUAACGCAAUUGAUAGCCCAUUCUCCAUCUGCGAGCUAGAGGUCUAUGGGAAGGCUUACGUUGAGUCACGAGUUGACGCAAAGCAUCCUUGGGCCAGCGUGUACAUGAGUAACCGCCUCCCCUCGCCCUAUCCUUGCGGUUACACCACAGGCGUACAGAAAGUGGAAUGGUACGCCGUAGAUCUAUUUACAUUUUGGACCGUACAUAGCGUGGUGUUUACUACAAGAGGAGGCACGUAUGGCAAGAAGAUCACAUCCGACCUUCAUAUUCUGACUCUCGACGAGUUUCAACCCGAUGACAUGAAUGACAUCUACCCUGGAUCAUUUACUGGAACGGGCACCAAACGGUCAACACCAAUAACACACAAUACGUGCAUCAAACAGACCUUCACCCUGAUGGUCGGGGAGGACAGGCAGAUGAACUGCGCUGCGAAUGUCACCGGCCGAUUCCUGGUUAUUGCCAAAACAAACGCCAUCAGUAACUCCCUUCAGUUGUGUGAUCUGAAGGUCUUUGCAACGAAGAUACCUAUACCACCUGGUGGUGCUACUGGCUCCCCGACGCCACCACCCACAACUACCACCACCGCCCCACCUAAGCCUCAGCCAGAGAAGACUCAACCACCACCAGAACCAGAAUCGGGCAGUGGUAGCCUCGGGGCUAUUAUCGGGGCGGUCGUUGGCCUCUUGGUCAUCGGAGGUGGCGCAGGUGCCGCUGUCUUCGUCAUGAAGAAAAAGCAGCUUGGACCCUUCGCCAACAAGGGAGCAGCCAAGACCAUUAAUGUGAAGCCCAACAACAGCGGGGACCAGCAAUCUAUUGUUGAGAGUGUUGAUGACCGGCCCAGGUCGGUGUCGUCAGUGAAGACCAUUGUGCCGGGGCAGGACGGCGCCGCUGGAGUCCCGUAGACAGGUGUAUCGGAAAGCGACAACGUAACGAAUUUCAAAAGACGGAAGUUUCCGCAGUCCGCACGAGUGAUUUAGUUUUUGGUUUUAUGUUUGAUAAAUUAUCAUUAGGACCACAUGAAUUGUUUACUUAACUUUUUGAUGGACUGCAAAACGCCACGUUAAAGGCUAUCAUCAAAGAAGUGGAUUUGUUUUUGUUUUGCAAAACCGGCCCCAGGAAUGACGUAUCAAAUGUUGUCCCAGAUUAUAAACAACGAACAUUAA